UGAAGACCGAACUGCUCUCUCUCUCUCUUACUGAACGCUCUUCUGCAAGAACAGGAAGAUUGUGAGGAACAUCAGUCCAGCAGAAAAAACAGAAAAUAUAGAAAAACACUUAAAAUUAAGCAUGCAGUCAGAGCUUGUGUCAUUGGCGACGCUUCAGCCUCCAAAUGCAUCCGUCACUCCAUCAUACCAGGAUCUGUUAAACUCGACAGAGUGGGACCUGGUCUACUCCAUCGUCCCGCCCUACAUCUUCACCGUGUGCUUGACGGGAAUUCUGGGAAAUAUUUUCGUGUUGCUAGUGUUCCUGCUCCAGGGAAGCCGCUGGUCCGUGCCUGAGAUCUAUCUCAGUAAUCUAGCGCUGGCCGAUCUCCUCCUACUCAUCUGUCUGCCGUUUUGGGCCAUGAACAUCCUGAACCAUUUCAUGGGGUCUUACCGAGAGAUCAUGUGCAAGGUGGUCAACCUCUCUAUCAACGUCAACAUGUACACGAGCAUCUACAUGUUGGUGAUGGUGAACGUGGACCGCUACCUCGCGUUCGCUUUGACCAUGAAGGCCAUGUGGCUUCGUCGGAAAAGCUACGCUAAGUUCAUUUGUGUCGUUCUUUGGCUGUUCGGUGUGGGAAUGGGAUCUCCGACCAUCUGCAUGCGAAAACUGAAAGAUAUUCCAGAUCACCAAGCCGUCGAAUGCCACAUGGAUUAUCCCAACACGACGUGGAGACUCGCUCAUCUUCUGCAGCUGAUCCUGGUGGGCUUCGCUCUGCCGUUCCUGGUCAUCACGUUCUGCUACGUCAAUAUCAUCUGGGCUUUGAAGCAACGGAGACACAUCGGUUAUUGGGAGGACAGAAACGACAAGAAGGCUACGGCUCUGGUGUGCGCCGUCACCUUGCUCUUCUUCAUCUGCUGGGGUCCGUUUCACUUCAUGACUUUGCUAGACUUGCUCUGUGAUCAAAAGGUUUUGGAUAAGAAUGAGUGGUCUCACUUUCUAAACAUUGGAAGCCAGUUUUCUGUGUACUUUGCGUUCUCAAACAGCUGCCUCAAUCCGGCGCUGUAUGUUUGCUCAGGAAAGUAUUUCAAGAGGAAAGUCAGCAGCAUCUGUAAUAAACGAAAACGCUCCUUGGAUGCGACUGCGCUUCAGCGGACUGUUUCAACAAAUACGACAACCGCCAAUUAAAUCAACCUGUUGUUAUAUGAGAAGUAAUAGUGUAAGAGUUUUACAACACUGCAAAUUGUGUUUCUAGUAUUGUUGUGAUUAUCAGGGUUGGCGCACUUUUUGAUCAAACAGCUUUCCGAAAUAUUUCUCAAAGAUUCGAUCAAUAAUUUUAGAAAUAGCUUAUUAGAUUUUUUUUUAUUAUAUAAAUACAUUAACUAUAUAUGUUACAAAAAAUUGAAUGUAAUAUAUUAAAGAAAAAAAGGGGUCAAUCAACUUUCACUCAAUCUUUAAUGUAUAAGAGGUCAUUGUACUAAAAUAAUGCCCUGUACGUUUCAGAACAACAACAACAACAACAAAAACAAAAACAUUGUUACUAAAAAUAAAAGCUUUUAUCGAUCCCGGAAUGUGCUUGUAGGUUAAACUCCGCCUCCACAGAAGAAGAUCAAAGCCUAAUUCUGUAGCCCCGCCCACUGAGUCAGAUCGAGCAACCGUGCGAUAAACAUGGCAUUAAAUAUUGCUAAAUAUUAUGUAGUUCCUGGUUGUGGAAGAACAAAAUCGCUGCAUAACCUUCCUUCAGAGUCAAAUAUUAGAAAUGCUUGACUGAACUGUAUUUUUAAUUAAGUUUCAGCUCAAGUGAGCAAAACAUUGAGCGUUGUUUGAUUAAAUUCCUUUGAUGCUGGAUUUGCAGAGAGACUGAGAUUAAAAAGCAAUGCUGGUCCAUCUAUACUGGAAAAUAUAGAUACUAUGUCACUAUUGCUUCGAUCGAGAUCGCUCAAUGCUAUCUCACGACCAAUUCUUACGUAUUUUAUGAGGUGGCUUAUUCGUACGAAUUUGUACGACCUCACUCGUACGAUUUUAUACGACCCCAGUGAUGGUUAGGUUUAGGAGUGAGGUUAGGUGUAGGUCAUUCGUACAAAUUCAUACGAAUUGUGCAAAUCGUAAAAUACGUACAAUUUGGCAACAAUCGUAUGAAUUUGUAAGAGUGUGGUCGUACGAAUUCGUACGAAUAAGCCACCUUGUGAAAAAUGUACGAAUUGCCGUGAGAUCGGGUUGGAUCGCUAGAUAUGUCCUAGAUAUGAAGGACCUAGCUGGUCAAACAGACACACAGAAAGUUAGUUUACUAUGCAAAAUGAGUUCAGUAUCCAAUCAUAGCAGUGGGUGUUUAUUUCCAAGUCUUCAAUGCAGCAUGCCCAUAAAAACCAGCGUUUCUCGAGCCGGCCUCAAAACCAGGUAUAAAAUAGCCUUUUAGUUACUGAUUUUAACGUUUUUGAAUGUAAAAACCAUGUGAACAUCAUAAGUGGACCUCAGACAACAGUAUAAAAUAAUAAUAAUAAAGCCAGGUCUUGACCCCUCUAAGUUCUUCUAAAAAAUAGCAAAAAAAAAAAAAAAAAAAUUGAUAUUUUAUAAUAUAUAGUAAGUAUAUAAUAUAUAAAAUAAGUUUAUUUUAGAUUUCUCUCAAAGUUUUAUAUAUAAAAAAAAAAUCUGAUUCACUCUAAUUUGCAUAAGAAGAGAAAAUCAAUCAAUUUAUACAUCUCACAAAAUUGCAUCUUCAUCACACUUUUAAAAAGCCUCGAUUUUAAAAAGAUGAUUUUAGUUUUUAAUUUUGUUUUUGUUGUUGCUGCUGUUUUUUUUUUUUUUACCUGGCAUAUAUAGGAAAACAAAUAAUCCAGAUUUUAUGCUAUGGUUGAAUUAUGGCAGGAUUCUAAAUUAAUUCUGAAGGGAAAGUAUGGUUUUCUGUUCACUCUUAACACAGAAAUGUCAUGCCGUCAGCUUCAGUCUCACAAAUUCAUUAAGCAGCAACAAAUAUUCACAUAUCUAAAUGUUUACCAAGCUUGCGCAUACAAAGUUUUAAUAGCAGUGAUAAAUAGUUUUUGUUUGUUUGUUUUUUCAUAAAUUCUUUGCUUCUUCCCUUGAGGUUUAUGAUUCGAGCUUUAGAAUAUAAACAGGAAGUGGCAAAUUAGGGAAGGCUCAUUCAGAUAAAGACUGCUUAGCACAGACACACUUCUCCAAAUCAAAUCAUUUCUUUAGCUUUGAUGCAACUUUGAACAAAGAAGACUCGGAGGUUCCUGAAAUGCUGCUGUAAUGCUGCCUUGAGAUGAACACAACGGGUGGAUUGAUGAACACCAGCCAGAACGAAUCAGACUGUUACCCAUCAAGUCAUGAGGGCAUGGUAUUUGUAGCCCUUCAUCUGGCUGUGAUCGUGAUCGGCACCCCAUCCAACAUCUUCUUCCUGUUUGUGUCGUAUCGGCUCAUCCGUCAGAAGAACGAGCUGGGUGUCUAUCUGUUUAACCUGGCUCUGUCGGACCUCUUGUUUAUCACAUGCUUACCAGUGUGGGUUCAAUUUAAUCUUUACGAUGUGUGGCCUCUCAGCGAGACGAUGUGUGUCAUUUGUGUUUUCGUGCUCUGGACAAGCUUCUACACCAGUGCUAUGCUUCUGAGCUGCAUUGCUGUGGAUCGCUACUUAGCCAUCGUUUACCCGCUCAGAUUUGCCUCUUUUAGAAAACGCAAAACUGCGGUCAUCAUGAGCAUUGCUGCUUGGAUCUUUACUGUCAUAUUCAACGCAAUCAUUGUGCAUCCGGAGAGUAUUUAUGAUAAGGAUAACUCAGUCUGCUUGGAUAUAUAUCCUUUGCCCCUAGAGCAAAGAUUGGUCAACAUCGCUCGUUUUUUAGUAGGCUUCCUCAUUCCCGCAUUGGUGGUGGGUUUCUGUUAUUGGCGGAUAUGUUCGGCCGUGAGGAGAAACCAAAAACUUGGGUCAAUGGAGCGCCGGCACGUCUUCAGGCUUCUUGGAUGCAUUUUGUUGACCCUUUAUUUGUGUUUCGGACCUGUGCACAUCAUUAUGGUUUUGAGGAUUUUUCUGGAACACUGUCCGUAUCCCAACUGGCUCUUUAUCGUAUAUAAAGUUAGCGUCUUCCUAGAGACGCUUAACUGCCUGGCCGAUCCACUUCUCUACUGCUUCAUGAGCAGAACGGGUCAAGCCAGUGCUUCAAAUGUGUUACUCAUCCUCAGGAGACCGUGGAAGAAAGAGUGUCAAAAAGAGAUGGUACAACAAAACAACCAAUUUCUUGGAACUGGUUCUGUUCCAAUCACAAAAGCAUCUUUUAGGACUGAAUUUAACACUGAUUGCUUGUGAUUAGAUCAUGUCAUUGUAUGUUGGACUGAAGGAGUGGAAGCUUUACAACUUUACAAGCCGUACUUUCAAACACAAACUGUCUGCAUAAGCUCAUCUGUCUAAAACAUCCAGGUCCUACAGUGUUCAAACAAACUCCUCAUUUAUUAAAAAUCCCUGGAGUAAACUAUUUGUAAAAGUUUAAAGGGAAAAGUUGACAGUUAAACACAAAGACUGUUCCAUGAACAGUUUACACUUAUACAUCUCACUUAUAUAUUGCUUUCUUUUGAAAUGAGAUCAGCGUUUUAACAGCAUUUCCUGUUAUAUAGUCGAGAAUAGGCAUCAUAUCAGCUUCAUUUUCACACCAUCUUCCAUAAUGUUUUCCACAAAAUCUGAAAUGUAAUGGUAAAUAUAUAUGGAGUGUGAUGUAUUAUACAAUGCUGGGUCCAACUAUAUAAAACUGAACGACUGUUCAGUUGGGGGUCAGAAAUAUUAUUCAAUUUUUUACUCUUUUUUUUUUUGCAAAAAUACUGUAACAUUUUUUAUUUUAUUACAAUUAAAAUGACCUUUUCUAUUUUAAUAUAAUUCAAACUCAAUUUGUGAUGCAAGCUGUACAUAUAUGUAUCUUAUAAGCAAUUUAGUGCUAAACAUUACCCCUUACUGACCCUAAACUUGUGAACAGGAAGUGUGUGUGUGUGUGUGUGUCAUUAUAUCUCAUGAAUAUUUUCUGCAAAGAUAUAUUUAACAUGCCAUUUGUUUCUCCUUUACACCAUGUCGACCACUUCAUGUGUGUUGCACACGGAAUAUAACUUUUUAACCAGAUGGUCAAUAAAGAGAAUGCUACUUGAAU